AUGGAUACAACUACUACUACUAAUUUAUCUAUUAAUCAAUUUGACUGCGUACCUGAUGAAAUACUUGAAAAAAUUUUCUCGUCUCUAAGUACUCAUCUUCCGUUGACUCCAAACAAUCAUGUUCGUCUGAAUGCUCACUCAUAUUAUUUUGAUUAUUCAAUGCAAAAACCAUUAUUAAAACAGACUCACACCGAGCUAUCUCAAGUAUUAUUAGUUUGCCGUCGUUUUUAUCGAAUUAUUAAAGCACGACAGUUUUGGGAGCAACAAUGCCGUCUAGAACAUAUUCUUUCACCUGAUCAGCAUUUUCCAGUUGAUUUUGAUGCAUACGAGAAAAUUUAUGUUAACAAUCCUUUUCAUCCUUCAUUCAAUCUACUUCAAGAUAACAAAUGGUUUAAAUCACGUGGAACCAAUUCGAAAAUCGAGCUUGUUCCAAUUGGUAGUUAUCGACUUUAUGAUGAAUUUAAUCGUUUAUCUCCUUGUCGAGUAACAUCGUAUACAUUGGCACAAUUCUUUCAACGUGAUAUUCAACUUCCAUGUGAAGGACCUGGGUCAAAUGACUUUGCCAAACUACGUCCAAUAAUUGAGUUUUCAAUUUGUGUAGCUCCUCGAUGGGAUUGUGGUUCUGAGUGUCAAAUAAAACUUGACUUCUCAGAUGGACACAAGUGGCAAUACGAAAAGCGUUUUCCACAAUGGAGCCCACGAAAUUGGCAUAAAAUAAUUUAUCGCUAUGGACAGUAUGACAAAUUUCCUUCGUCAGUGACUGUAAUAAUAGCUGGUAAAGAUACACAACUUUGGGGAGGAUUCUAUGGUACGAAAUUUUCACAAACACGUCUUCGUCUAUUAUUUCGUACAAGCGAGAAUGAACUAAAUACAGAAAAUGUCGAGGUGAUUGAACCAAGAAUUGAUGAUGAACCAUCUGAAGAUCCUGUACCCAAUACUCUCGAAGACAACUUGCCUAUCGAUCAAGGAACACUGGCGAUAACGAUUGAUGCCGAUGCGAUGACAACAAAAGUUCAAUGGAAACGACUUGAUGGAACCAUCGGACAAAAUCCCAAACCACGUCAUGGUCAUCGAGCAGUAGCUGUCAAAGAUUUAAUUAUUAUAUUCGGUGGGGGUAAUGAAGGCAUUGUUGAAGAUCUUAAUGUUUAUAAUUGUGCUUCAAAUCAAUGGUUUCAACCAUUAGUAAAAGGUGAUGUUCCAACAGGUUGUGCUGCAUUUGGUUUUGCAACUGAUGGUACAAGAAUUCUUGUAUUUGGUGGUAUGAUUGAAUAUGGAAAAUAUUCCGCUGAUCUUUGGGAAUUAAAUCCAUUGAAAUGGGAAUGGAAAAAAUUAAAACCAAGACCACCUCGUACAGCUCCAUUACCAUGUGCUCGACUUGGACAUACAUUAACCUAUGCUGAAGGAAAAUUUUAUUUAUUCGGUGGUUUAGCUAAUGAUAGUAAAGAUCCAAAACAAAAUGUUCCACGAUAUUUAAAUGAUCUCUAUGUACUUGAAUAUAAAGGUAAUAGUUGUUCUUGGGAACAACCUAUGAUAAUUAAUGCCUCACCAAGUGAACGUGAAUCACAUUCAUCUGUAUUCUAUCGUGGUCAAAUUGAAAAUCGACCAAAAUUAAUUAUCUAUGGUGGAAUGAAUGGUCAUCGUUUAGGUGAUCUUUGGAAUUUUCAUCUCGAUUUUUCACAAUGGACACAAAUAACACCCAGUGGUUUAGCACCACAACCACGUAGUCUUCAUUCAGCUGUUGUAAUGGGAAAUCGAAUGUUUAUAUUUGGUGGUUGGGUUCCGUUGAUAACAUCAGAUAAAAAUGAUCAUUAUACAAAUGAAAAAGAAUGGAAAUGUACAAAUACAUUAGCAGCUUUUAAUCUAGAAACGAAUGCUUGGGAACUUCUAGGACAAGAAUGUCUUGAAGAUAAUGUUCCACGAGCACGUGCUGGUCAUUGUUCAGUUGCAGUUAAUACAAGAAUGUAUAUUUGGAGUGGACGAGAUGGUUAUCGAAAAGCUUGGAAUAAUCAAGUUUGUUGUAAAGAUUUAUGGUGUUUAGAAACAGCAUGUCCAGGUGAACCAGAAAAAGUGCAAUUACUUAAAGCAGGCAUCGGUAAUUUGGAAAUAUCUUGGAAUCCUGUUCCGACUGCUGAUUCUUACAUCUUACAAAUUCAACGUUUCGAAGCUCCAGUUGAACAUGCUCCACUAGUGCCUCCUACUCUUCCAGCUACAUCCCAAAUACCAAUUCAUCCACCACCUUUACCAUUACAAUCAAUAUCCGCUUCACUAUUUGCUUCUAAAAGUCCACAAUCAGUUCUCGCAUCAUUAAUUCCCACAUUUUCAAAUGAACAACAACCAGCAAGUGCAUCUGUUUCUGCUAUUUCCGAUACAGAUGGUAUUGUUGAUCAAUGUCUUUCGUCAACAUCAAAAUCAGAUUUACUUUCAUUAGCACAUUUAUCAUCAUCACAAACACCACUUUCAUCAUCAAUGAAUACAGUUAAUGCCCAAACAUUAUCAAAUCUUUCUAUAUCACCUUCGAACAGUACAAAUAAUUCUUCAUCAUUAAUAUUUCAAAAAACUACACCGACAACUAUGUCUUCGUCUAUACAAUAUAAUCAACCAACAACAAUAUUGAAUCCUACCCAAACCGUUCGACCACCAACUACAUCGAAUAUUCAAUUUGUUAAUACUUCAUCUACCGGUGCUACAAAUACUGUUCGUCCAAUAAUUUUUCAUCAAAAUAAAACAACAAAUUCCAAUCAACCACAACUUCUCACUGUUAUGCCUGCUGGUGUUCGUGUUCAACAAUUAACACCUGUUGUACGUGGUUCAACAAAUCAACCAACAACAAUUGUUCGUUUAAUGUCACCAGCAACAACAACUAUGCGACCAGGUACUGGACAACAACAAAUUAUACAGUUAAAUACAAAUAAACAACAACCAUUAGUUAUUAAAGCAAUUUCUGCACAAACAGCUAAUCGUUCACAACAACAACAACAACCAAUAUUAUUAGCAGCUAAUACACAACAAAAAAUGAUGGGAUCUCAUCCACAACAACAUCAGCAACAACAACAACAAGUUUUUGUUUUUAAUCAAAAUACAUUUUCAACUGCUAGUGGACAACAACCAAAAUUUACAUUACAAAUGACAAAUGUAGAUCACACAAACAACACUCCAGUAACUACUAAUACAACAACGAAUAUUGAUAAUGGUCAACAAGAACCAACAAUUCCUCAGUUAGAUGGUACUAUUGAUGAACAACCAUUACAAAACGGUACACCUGAGUUACAAAAUUCUUCUAGUCCAGCACCACAACAAUCUUCAAAUAAUCAUGAAACAUUAAAUGGUCAUUCAAAAAUGGAGGUACAACAACAAACCAUAUCAUCUGAUUCAAAACCAUUAGAUAAUGAUGAUGGUGAUGGGUGGCAUUUAGUUGGAACAUUUAAAACAACAGCAACUGAUAUUAAACAUUAUUAUGUUGUACCAUCAAAAAUUAAUAUUGAUAAUUAUGAUCUUGAUUCUCUUCAAGUACAUAAUUUAGUGAAAAAAGUUGACCUUGAACCUGGUGUAAUUUAUAAACUUCGUAUAGCAGCUGUAAAUGCCUGUGGUAGAGGUCCAUGGAGUGAAGCAGCAGCAUUUAAAACAUGUUUACCUGGUUCACCACCUGCACCAUCAAAUAUCAAAAUUACAAAAACACCUGACGGUGGUGCUCAUUUAACUUGGGAUCCUCCAUCAAAUGCUUCAUCAUUAAUUACAGGUUAUGCCGUUUAUUUAGCAGUGAAAAAUAUGCCAACAGAUAAUACAUUACCUCGUCAACAACCACAACAAGCAUCACAAAUGGCUUUUGUACGCGUUUAUGGUGGUGUAUUAGCUGAAUGUUCAGUAAAUGCUGUACAACUUCAUCAAGCACAUCUUGAUACAAGUACAAGUAGUAAACCAGCUAUUAUAUUUCGUAUAGCCGCACGAAAUGAACGUGGAUAUGGACCAGCAACACAAGUUCGAUGGUUACAAGAUCAACAACAAUCAGCAUCGAAUCAUUCAACAGCAAAUAAUUCAUUAAAACGAACUAGUUCAAAUACAAAUUCUUCAACAACAUCAUCAUCAACGAAAAAACAACGAUUUACACCAGGCAACGGAACAAAUGAUAGUUAA